GCAGCUCCUGAAUACGGAUUGAACUCAUUAAGUCUGGGAGACAAGGACAGGAAGGAAAACAAACAUGGAUAAGAGAUGGAAUUCAUAUUUAACUUUUGUUAUGCCUUUUCUGAUGCAGAUACACAGUGCUUCGGCCACAGCAGGCUGUAGCAUAACGUCAAUAUCAUCCCCAUCCGCGGCAACCCUUCAAGUGGCGUGGGAUGCGUACCCCGGGGCCGGAGCCUCGUACCGGCUGAACCUCCGAGCGGUGAACUCCACCGACACGGCCCCGGUGAUGGUCGUCUCCACGGCCACACAGACCCUGGUGCAGGGGUUAAGACCAGGGAGCUACUAUGACGUAACGCUGAAAGCCUUACAGUACAACAUGGAGCGAUGCAGAGUUACACAACGCGCUCUGACGGUGCCCGCCGCGACCCAGAUCACCACCUCAGAGGCCCUGGCCAGCACCUCCAUCAGGUUCCAGUGGUCCGCCGUGACGGGGGCGGACAGGUACUUCCUGAUUCUGGAGCUGUAUACCCUGACGCAGGGACUGGUCCCCACAAGAACGCAGGUGUACAACAGCAGCUUCACCUCCGUUACGGGACAAGUCGACGGGUUGAACGCUUCCACCAGAUACAACUGCUUCGUCAUCUCUUACAACAGCGCCGGCUCUGGGGCCCCAAGUCGCAGCAGGAUAGUCUCCACACGUAGGUCCAUAUUGUCCUGGUUCUCUCACUUCAACGGAGAAAUAACUGAAUGAACGUCAUUCAUGUAUGCAUUCAAAUAUGUCGUCAAAGUGCCAAAGACAAAUUUCCAGUGUCUGUAAAUUCUC